GACCGGAACGUUUAAAUGCGGGCAAAAGGAAAGAAGAAAUUCAGAGGGAAGAGAGCGACUUGUGACGAUUACCCACAAACAUAAAUGCAAAGAAAUGGAGGCCCACCAUCUCCCCAGAUUCAAACCCUAAACAAAAAUGCUCACUUGGGUUUCCUUUUCUAGGAAGAAACAGGGAAAUAAUUUGAAGCUAAAUCUCUGUGUCAUCACCCUUCUUCUUUUACUUCGCCGGAAUCUGAACCCGAUCGUUGCCGGUGGACUUCCUCCUCCGACCAACCCAUUCAUAUUUAGCUUUGCUUUCUCAUUUUUGCCCUUUAGAUCUAUCUCUGGUUGAAAGAUCAUAUUUGCCUGUGGCGAUACUUCUGAUCGAAUUUCCCUAUUUAUUUACUUUUUUUUUUUUGUUGGGUUCUUAGAGUAUGUAAGCCUACACUCUUUAUUUUGUUUUUUUCUUUGUAAAAUUAUUUUUUUCUCUCUUCCUCUCUUUCUAACGGUUCUUCUCUGCUUAACCCUAGGGUUUGUCUUCAAAUCUUCCUGAUUCGGAGGGGGGGGCUCAUGGGACCAAGCUUUCUCCCUCUGGUCAGGGCUAGAGUGAAGUUAAUUUGAAAUGUGUAUAUGGGUCGAGUUGGGAAUUGCGGAUUUCGUUGGUUUGAGUGAUUUUUCUUUGUGAGUGAUAAUUUCAAUUGCUCUGCUUUUGGAGAUGAGCUGUUUUUCUUGCAUUCGUACUCGUUGUAAAGACGCCAGCAAGGUCGAAAUUGACAACGGGAGUGGGAGGGGGAAGUCGUAUUCAAAUGAAACUGGAAAAGGGAAGGAAUCACAAAACAGAGGUGGAAACAACCGGAAAUGUGGAGCUGCGCGAAGCUUCCCGUUUCGCGAAUUGGCGACUGCCACAAGAGGUUUCAAAGAAGUGAACUUGAUUGGUGAAGGCGGUUUUGGAAGAGUUUACAAAGGCCGACUAGAAUCAGGCCAGAUUGUUGCAAUUAAACAACUCAAUCAUGAUGGUCUUCAAGGAUAUCAGGAAUUCAUCGUUGAAGUUCUCAUGUUAAGUUUAUUGCAUCACAGUAAUCUUGUCACAUUGAUUGGUUAUUGUACUGAUGGGGAUCAAAGACUGUUGGUCUACGAGUACAUGUCGAUGGGAAGCUUGGAAAAUCAUCUUUUUGGUUUGUUCCCCAAACGAUCACCAUUGAGCUGGAACACUCGAAUCAAGAUUGCACUUGGUGCUGCACAGGGCCUCGAGUAUCUUCACUGCACAGCCAAUCCGCCAGUCAUUUACCGUGACUUGAAAUCUGCAAAUAUUUUACUGGAUGAUGACUUCAAUCCAAAGCUCUCUGAUUUUGGACUGGCCAAGUUAGGUCCAGUUGGUGACAACACUCAUGUUUCCACCAGAGUUAUGGGAACGUAUGGCUAUUGUGCUCCGGAGUAUGCCAUGAGUGGGAAACUGACCCUUAAAUCUGAUAUCUAUUGCUUUGGUGUAGUUCUCUUGGAGAUAAUUACAGGCAGGAAAGCUAUAGACACCACCAAGAAACCUGGAGAGCAAAAUCUUGUUGCUUGGUCUCGCCCUUUUUUAAAAGACCGGAGGAAGUUUGUUCAAUUAGUAGACCCACUGCUGGAAGGGCGCUAUCCACUUCGUUGUCUACACCAUGCAAUCGCAAUUGCUGCAAUGUGUCUCCAGGAGCAGCCAAUGUUCCGGCCAAUUAUCAGUGAUAUUGUUGUAGCCCUUGAGUACUUAGCUUCUCAGAGUCACGCAUCAGAACAACCGAGGGAAGGGGUAGGUAGUCCCUCCAAACUAUCUCCUCAAGGGGACAGGAGUGCCCAUGUUCAAGAUUCAAGAUGCGGAAAGAGUUCAACAUCCAAGUAAGGGUGGCUGCUAUAGAAGUCUUCGAACAGCUCUGUGGAUUUGCCGGCGAUAGAGAAACCCGACCAACUCCAAUCUCCUGUUUAAUAUUGUAGAAUAAGUAUCUAAAUUUGCAAGUAAUCCACAUGCAUUCUUGAAUGACAAUAUCUCUCCUUUGGUGGUAGUUGCACAUAUUUCAGGUAAUAUGGAUUUUUUUGCCUUCAAUACAGACAUAGAUUUAGUUUCAUACA